ACAACCAGGUCGUGCCAUUGUUUUGAUACCAUCACCUAGCCAAGUUGGAUUCCAUCACGACAUUCCUCCUCUGGCUAACGAGACACUCCAUCAAACAAGCUGCGCUUUUCACAGUACUGCUAUCAAUACCAUCUUACCUUGCAGUUUUAGUCAGAAUCAAGCGCUUUCCAGACCAUGUCUGCGCCGCCGCCUCGCCGCUCGGCUCGGCUUGCUAAGAGCAAUACCGUGCCGGAGAUGCUCGUCGAGCCGGAGCUCCCAAGAGAAACUGAUCGUGUUGAGCCCGCCACCAGCGGAACUCCCAAGAAGACAAUCACCAUGGCGUCGCCUGCCACGCCUGCGACCUAUGCCUUAAAGCCCCCUAGCACAGAGAUGCAUCCCAGCAAAUUUCACCCGACGACCGCAGAGCCCUCAUCCGCCCUCAGGUUGGGCUUCACAGACAUCACCGCUGCUAGGAAGCGCGAUAGCUCUCAUGGAGCUGGACUUCAGUCUACUCCGACCAAGGUUGGCGGUGUGCCAUCUUCCGCAUUCACUCUUCGUGUCCCCAAUGGGGGCGAUUAUCUGGGGCUAGGGCCCGAAGCCCUACGUGUCUUGGAGGGCCUCAAAGAGAAGGCUGCCGAAUAUAAGGCCGACAUUAUUGCUCAAAGGGCAAACGAGUCGACAUCCGCAUCAACCGACGGCAAGGGCCGCACAAUUGCUACUCCCAAAGGGAAGUCUGGGAGAUUUAGCGCAGCUCAUAUGGCUGAGUUCAAGAAAAUGGACUCGAUUGAGGGACACGCGUCUGCUUGGAGGGCACAAAAUGGAAGGUUCCAGCCCGUUGUCAAGCCAGGAGUGAAACGAUCACUGUCCAAGGCUAAUCUCGACACUCCGCAAAGUAGCUUGAAACGGACUCCCUCAAAAGCGGAAGCGGGGUCACAGUCUUCCUCUUCGCUUCCCCCCAAGAGAUUCAAGAAGAGUGCGGAGGACGAUGCUUCGACAACCCGUCCGGUGAUGCGAGAAAGCACUUCAGUUCCUCGCCCGGCAUCUAGCGUCAAGAGACCUGCUGCAUCCAGAAUUGCUCGGCCUAGUCUCUCUCGCUUGAUGAGCCCUACAAAAUCAUCACUCGCGAAUGCGGUCAGUCCUAGAAAGUCCGAGGUGCCUGUUGCUGUACCAUCACCAAAGCCAACAUUUAAGAGCCGAUUGGAGGCGCUUAAGGAAUCAAGGGGACUCAAAGAGUCCAGGGAGAUGAAGGAAACAAAGGAGCGAUCGGUGAUGAAAUCUGUGUUUGGAAGCAGCAUAUUCUCACCUAGGAGACAGAGUUCCAUUCCACAACCGGUCGUUACACCACCGCGGUUCUCCAAUUUGAACCUCAACCGUCUUGCUGCCACCCAACCCCUGAAGAAGGUGGUUAAGCAUGUGACGUUCACACCAGAAGUUACGCGAACCAUUUUUGACCCGGAUUCUCUGACGCUUUAUAAAACCAGUGCUAUUAAGAAGAUCCUACAGCGUUCCGAGACGAAGGAGGCCUUGGCACAACAAGAUUCGGGAAAUAUUGCUUAUCCUGAUUUGUCUGCCUACAAAGACCUCCUAGACACGGAACCUGAGAGCGCAAAGUCUCCUACCCCUACUCCUUCGAUUGCUGGUAAAUUCACCUUCCGAAGCGACCACACAAUCAAAUUCGGACAGCCAUCGCCCAUUGGCUUCGGCGCCUCUCCUGGCCAGUCGAGCGUACGCCAAGUGCGUAAUUCUAUCAAAUCCAAAUCAGAUAUGCCUGGCAGCUUUCCUGAGCCGGUCUCGCCGAGCUCUCACCCAGAUAAAGAAAAUGCGGCACCCUCUCCACCAAAAGUGCUUUCAGGUGUUCCACAUGGAAUGUCUAACAAGAAACGCCAUCGUGCCGACUCUGUCGAUGGGGAUACUGAUAAAGAGGCGGCCGAUCGUGCUGGAAAGAAGGCCAAGAGCAGCCAUGUUCCAGAGGGCCAGGCUUUGUUAGCUCCUCGUUUGGCUUCAACUCCUUCUGCAAGUACGAAGAAGCCUACGAUGGCUCGAAGCGUCGGUAAGACGCCCACCCGCCCCAUUAACCGACCCGUUAGCUCGGUAUCGCCCUCCAAGAAACGACCAACAUUGAGUAUGAGCCGCCUCAACAUGCUCGCCCAGCCUAAAAAUCGUGGUUAG